GAAUUUUUUUUUACAACAUUAAAACAAGUUAUUAUUGUUUUGUACUUUUGUAGAUAACAACUUUGAUAAAAAUUUUGUUGCGGUCGCUACGGAUAAAGUUUGUUUAUCAUUUCAUACAACUUUACUAUGAAUCUAAACUUAUAUAAAAUUUCGCUUGAAUAGAUAUUUAUUUGUGGGCACGAAAAAGUAAUUGUCAUAGUAUCAAGGUCAACGAUUAAUUUACUGGUGCUUAACACUAAUUGUAAAAAACAGAAUAUAAUUUAAUAGCAUACUACCACCAGUAGUAUUUGCUACGUGAUAAUAAAAUGAAAUUAUUUAGAUCAGUCGGGAAGUUACUGUCAAGCGUAACAACUGCUAGAAAUUGCAAUUUACAUUUUCGAAAGUUUUCCAUAAACAUGGCCAAUAUUGCCCCCAGAAUUCCGUUUAGUAAUGAUUUUUUUUUUCGUCAGCUUUUCGAUACCGUAAGUAGUACUUAUACGUAUUUAUUAGCCGAUACAAAUACAAAGGAGGCAAUAAUUAUCGACCCGGUUUUAGAACAUGCUAAAAGAGAUGCUCAAUUGAUAAGAGAACUUGGAUUUACUUUGAAGUAUGCCAUGAAUACGCAUAUGCAUGCUGAUCACAUAACUGGGACCGGAUAUCUAAAACAUUUAUUACCAGGAAGUAUAAGCGUAAUAUCAAAAAGUAGUGGAGCUAAAGCUGACAAACAUAUUGUUGAAUAUGAAAAUGUUCAAUUUGGUCGACAUCAAAUUGAACCACGUUCAACACCUGGGCAUACAAAUGGUUGUAUGUCAUACGUUAUUCAUGAACAAGGUUUAGUUUUUACUGGAGACACAGUUUUAAUUCGUGGCUGUGGUAGAACUGAUUUUCAAGAGGGUAACCCUAAAACUUUAUAUGAAUCAGUGCACAAUAAAAUAUUUUCAUUACCUGACAACUUUAGAAUAUAUCCAGCUCAUGAUUAUAAAGGUCAAACUGAAAGUACAGUAGGAGAAGAAAAAUCUUAUAAUAGCCGCUUAACUAAAUCUUUGGAUCAAUUUGUUGACAUAAUGAAUAAUUUAAAUUUGCCGUAUCCAAAGAAAAUUGACGUUGCGGUUCCGGCUAAUCGAGAAUGUGGUUUACACGAUAUUCCAGAAGAGAAAUAAGGAAUUAAGGAGCUAUAUUCAUUAAUUUUCUUUGACAAAGUUUUGUUAUCAUUACAUUACAAUUAAUGUUACUUUAGUUAUUUUUUUUGUUAUAAAUGAUAUACUAAACAUAUAAUAUAUUUUACUAUAAUAUAUAAAUCAGAAAGCUAGGUGAUGUAAAUAAAAUAUAUUUUUAUACCCAAACAA